AUGAACUUCUUGGAGUUGGCGAUUUGGCCCCUGGGCUCCUCUGGUGGCCACCGGCCGGAGCUCAACUCGCCAACUUUCCCCCAGUGCUCGACCAACCCCGACAGGGUCACUCCGAGCUCCGGUGGCGACCAUUUCAACUCGGGGGCUACCAACGGCGAGCAAAGCUUCCAGCAGCACGGAGCCUUCAACUCUUCGGGCUACCCAGCUCAGCAUUGUGGCUACCAACAGCUCUGCGUGGGCCAGCAGGACGAGGAGGGUUUUUAUUUGCAGGGUUUCCCGUCGGGUUCGCUGCCUGGCUACCAACCCGGCCUUUUUGGCGACCAGCCGGGUCCCGGGGCCACUUUCGAGUGGAUGAGGGUGAAGAGGAACCCCCCAAAAACUGGCAAAACGCCCGAGCUGGGGCUCCUGGGGCAGCCCAGCGCCAUCCGCACCAACUUCAGCACCAAGCAGCUGACGGAGCUGGAGAAGGAAUUCCACUUCAACAAAUACCUGAGCCGGGCCCGCAGGGUGGAGAUCGCGGCCACGCUGGAGCUCAACGAGACGCAGGUGAAGAUUUGGUUCCAGAACCGGAGGAUGAAGCAGAAGAAGAGGGAGAAGGAAGGGCUCGCCCCCGCCACGGCGGCCAAAGCAGCGGCUGAAGCCUCGGAUCAAUCCUCGCCGGAGGCUUCGCCCAGAUCCAGCUCCUCCUGA